GGUGGAGUCUAUUCUCUCUUCUAGGACAGGACCGAGGUCCUCCUCAGGAGGGGAAUCUAGAUGCUACUGUAUCUUUUAUACGGCUUGGAGAGGGACCUGGAAAGCUCGGCGCCCCGCCUACUUUUUAAGUGACAGGGCGCACGACCUAUCAGAGGUUCUCUGGCCGUUUCAUAGGAGGAGCCAGUUAUGCUACGGUCGCCGUUUUGAUUGAUAACGCUUCUUGUUGACCCGCCUGCGGCCUACCAAGAUCGUGGUAACCGGUAAAAGAGCAGCCCGGGCCUGUGCGGUGUCUCCAUAGCGACGGCGGUGACACCUUGGCAUCUUUGCGGGAGACGUCACCUGAAGACCAGCCAUGGAGGUCCAGGUCCUGGAACAUAUCCGGCACUCGCUACUGAGUGACAGAAACAAAGACCUGAUCAUAGACAAGCUGCUGAGUCUCACCAUGGAGAUUAUCUGUCUGCUGACUAGAGAGGAUUUCAUUGUUGUGAGAAAGUCGGGUGACCAGGUGACAGACAUCAGCGGCCCCCCUGUGUCAGACAGAAGCAGCGGCACCCAGAGUCCAAACACGGAGGCUCCGCCUCAUGCACCAACAGUGGAGAGGAUCCGUGACAGGAAUAUCCAGGCACCUACUGAGGUAUAUCACAGAGAGACAGGAAAGGUGCCUGGGAAGUGUAAGGAUGUGGAGGUCUCGUUCUCUGUGACAGAGUGGGACUGUUCAGGCGGACACAAGGACGUUGUAAUGGACCCUCCGCAGCUGCGUGACUCAGUGGGUGAGUGUAGCUCUAGAAGCCCCCCAGGACGAUGUGAGACCCCUCUGUACUCUGGGGAUUAUAUAAAGGAAGAGAACCGGAUUGUCAUAGAGGAUUAUCAGGCUGAGCCGGGACACGGGGUGUAUCACCCGCAUUGUAAGGAAGAGGAGCCCGUCCCUGAUCCCACCAGCUCAGGUGGGUGCAGCUCUAGAACUCCCGCAGACCCCUGUGAGACCCCUCUGUACUCUCCGGGCUGUAUAGAGGAAGAGAACAGGACUGUGACACAGGAAUAUCAGGAUGAGCCGGGACACGUGAUAUAUCAGCGGCAGUGUAAGGAAGAGGCCGUUCCUGCUGAGAUCAGCCCAGGUGGGUGUAACCCUACACACCCCGCAGACCCAUGUGACACCCCUCUCUAUACUCCGGGGUGUAUGGGAGAAGAGAACAGGAUGAUCAGCCAGGAUUAUCAGGCUGUGCCAGGAGACGGGAUGUGUUACCAGCAAUGUAAAGAAGAGGACGUUCCUGCUGAGAUCAGAUCAGGAACGGAGGCCGGUGUAGAGCUGGAUGCUGGUGAUCAUCGGGGGCUGCAGGAAUUCCUCCCAGAGUCCAGUGCAGGUCCACACGCUUCCUUACACUAUCCUGAGAAGACGCAUCAGUGCUCGGAGUGUCAGCAAUGUUUCCCUAAUCAUUCAGCCCUCGUCACCCAUCAGCAGACGCAUAGCGCCAGUAAUCUGUAUAGCUGCUCUGUUUGCGGAGUGCGUUUCAGCUCCAAAUUGGAUUUUACCACCCACCAGCGAUAUCACAUCGAGGAUAAAAUGUUUGACUGUUCUUACUGUGGGAAAUCCUUCCAUCAUCGGUCUCGUCUACUGUACCAUAUGAGGACUCACACCGGGGAGAGGCCAUAUUCAUGCCCAGAGUGCGGGAGAUGCUUUACCAGAAGAUUUACCCUUACUGAGCACCAGCGACUACACUCUGGUGUGAAACCUUAUCAGUGCACGGAAUGCGGGAAGUGCUUUGUCACGAGAUCCAGUCUUGUCACACACCAGCGCACUCACACCGGGGAGAGACCAUUUGUGUGUUCCCAGUGUGGACGCUGUUUUACUGACAGCUCAAGUCUUGGUCGACAUAAGAGAGUUUCACACCAGUCUAGAUGAAUACACUGUCCAUCGCAUACAUAAGAAAGCUUGUUUUAAUGAACAGGGGAAAAAGUGGACAUCUUUUCCCACCAAAUGCAUUGAAGGUGCAGGGCUACUUUUUUUGCUCCUUAGUCAUGCAAAAGUAGAAGGCUCUGUGUCCAGUUAUGGAUCCAUCUAUUAAUGUGCGUAGUGGAUACAGUGAAACUAUCUCAAGUUACUUCUUAGUUUGUUGUAUUGGGUAUCAGAGUGACGGAACAUCAUCGGAUCUAUCUCUGUGACCUUUGUGUAUCUGAUGGUAGUGAUUACAUUGGUUCAUCUUCCUCCUAAAAAACAACUGGAAGGUACAAACAUCAGAAGUGUAGGAUGUGGCCCGAAUUCCACCAUUUUAGAGGAACUAGAAGUCUUCUUGCUGAGCUCCCUCCCAAUGCAGGGAAUGACAGUGUAAAUGUGCCAUCCUCUCCCCGUCAUAUUAUACAUUUAAUCCUUGCCUGUAAACACUAACCUUUACUCCCUUACACUCACCCCAUUUUGCUGCGGUUUUGUCCUCGAAUUCAGGCCUGUUUUGCAAAACUGGCACAUCUGCGCAAACGAAGACGGGUGAUGUCACACUGCAGCAUUUUUGUUUAACCUGUCAUGGAACAUUAAAUAUCAUUCUUUUUAGCUGCUGAGUUUAAAUAAAAAUGUUACAGUGAUUCUCUUCUUUAUACAUGUCCUGUGCUGUUGCUGGGGUGGUAGCUAUUUUGUGGGUGACAAUUGUUAGCUCACUAGGAAUUAGUGACAUCCGUAGACACAGGAGUGUAGCUCAUCCCUCACUAGGUGGCAAUGAUGUCCCUCAUUCCUAGUGAUACAAUAAGGAGCAUCUCCAGGAACAUGGGUUUAGCUUUUUCCCUGUGUGUCAUUUCCGCAAUAGCCUGCAGGUGUCAGUGUUGCUAUUACUGCCCAUGUAGAGGGAUAGGCUGUGACCAGACACGCUUCAUCGUAACAUACUAAAGCGUAUAAACAUAAGAUAUACCUAUCCCCAAUGGCGUAAGUUCAUACUAGUUCAACUGCCCUGAAAACUCACCUCUUCAGACAAGUCUAUCAAAUUCCAGACCCACCCACAUAACCUUCAGUAUUCCCUAUCUAAUUACAUCCUCUCUGUACAGUAUACAUAACCUCACAUAUCUUGUCUUUCUUCACUCUCACACCCUCCCGACCCUUGGCCAACAUUGCGGGGUGAUCAUAUUAUUCAACCCAUUAAGAACCUAGCAAUCUGGUGGACCAUUAUGCAAUAAGUAGCAUCUAUCCUUGUGUAUCAAUGCCUGUCUCCCUAUAGAUUGUAAGCUUGCGAGCAGGGCCUUCCUACCUCUAUGUCUGUCUGUUUUUACCCAGUUUUGUUCUGUUACUGUUGUUCUAAUUGUAAAGCGCAACAGAAUAUGCUGCGCUAUAUGGGAAACUGUUAAUAAAUAAAAUAAACACUAGGAGCCCUGAGGCAAGAUAA